AUGCCCUCUGGUUCGUGUCUUUGCGGUGGCGUUAAAUUCUCCGUUACGAGCCCUCCCGACCUCGCCAUGACCUGCUACUGCCUCGACUGUCGUAAGAACAGUGGCAGCAGUGGCCAACUUCUCGCCAAGUACAACACCGAUGACGUCACCAUCGAUGACCCCCAAGGCCAGUUGACCACCUACAUCAUCGAAAAGACUCAGCUGGGUAAGCCUAAAGAUAAAUUGUUUUGCGGCAAGUGUGGGUGUACCAUUGCCACUAAGCCCCAAGCGUACGAGGGGAAAGUGACGAUUUUGCGGCUGACGUUGUUUGAUGAGCUUACGCCUGAGUUUGAGCUGAAGAAGACGUUAUUUGACGACGUUAAGUCCGAGUACUUCAGCAAGUGUCCCAUCAAUUAA